AUGAUUGGCCAUAUUGAGAAAGCUUGCACUCUCAGAAUGGAGGAUAUAAAACAUAAAAGGCUCAAAGAGGGUCAAUUUGGAGAUUGGAUGAGAGCUUCUGAUGGGCUGCAGAGCCAGAACUGGAACCAUGCUAUUUCUUCUUCAGCAAAAAGUUCUUCUCAUAGCCAGAUUGGGCAAACCGGGCAUAGAAGUACAGAUUCAGAACACAAUGGGACCACCAAUGCAGACAAAGAGGUGCUGCCCUCUAACAAAGAGUUGAUCCUCUAUAGUCCCCCCUCUGACCAAGCAGAAAAGACCUUAGCUCAUACUAAACCAAUCCAAUUGGAGAUCAUGCCCAUUGAUGAAGAUGAUCAACCUGGCACAAAGCUAACAGAACUAAAAAGGAAAGGCAGGAAGGGUGUCAGCAAGGGUACCACAACUUGGAAAAGAACACCACAAAGGGAGGGCAGGCUUCAGAGGAAUUCCAAAGAAAACUCAAUGGAUCUCUCAAUGGUUAUGACCAAAAGACCCAGAGAGCUGGCUAUACUCACAGGGGAAACAUCUUAUAAUGACAUGGUGGAGCAGCAGGAUAAGAAAGUGAAACUGACUGUAUCAAAGCUCGCACGUUCUUACAGUCAAAGCUUCUUCAUUGUUGUACAUUUUAAGGAGAAAUUAGGAGGUUUACCUUGCUGGGCCAUUUUUGUAUACAUCAGCCCAAUUAAGUCUGAAAGAAUCCUUCAAUGGGAGCAACUUUUGCAUGAAAAAGACACAUGGGGACCUGUAUGGUGCAUUGCAGGGGAUUGGAACUCUUUGUGCAGACCAGAGGACAAGAAAGGGGGUCAACCUGUCUCUGAUAGAAGUUGCUGGGAAUUCAACCAUUUCCUAUCUCAAAUGGGUGUGCAGGAGAUCCCCUUACAGGGGCUGACUUAUACCUGGGCUAAUAACAGAUCAGGCCAAGGGUAUGUGGAAGAAACUUUGGAUCGACUGUUUGUCUCGUUGGAAUGGAUAGCCAAAUUCCCAUAUUCCAAGGUCAUUAGCUGGCACAGAAGUUCAUCUGAUCAUACAAUGUUGGUUAUCUCUACUUCAGCUGCAGCCACCAAGUACAAAAAGAGAUUUCAAUUUGAUAAAAGAUGGGACCACACAGAAGGAGUUGACACUGUGGUUAAAGAAGCAUGA